AUGAGCUACAAAAUGGAAUCAUCAAUUGACUCAAAUUCCUCCAAGACCUCUAACUAUUACAACGAAGUCUAUGAAGACUUCAGAAGACAAGCCUUAGAUUUUUAUGGAUCUGAACAUUCUUAAAAUCUCCUCUCCACUGAUGUCGAGAAGUGCUUAAAAAAGAGAGCUGAUGCCUUUAUUAACAAAGAAAGAAAGAGUCUCUUCUUAUUCCCCUGCAUCAACGAUCUCUCUAACGUCCCUGACGAUGAUGAUGAGCCCAGCAUUCCUUAGAAGUGCUUGGAAAGUCUCUUCGGCAGCAAAGUCAAGGUUAGCUUGAGCAGAAGAAGUAGUGAUGCUGAAUCAACAAACUCUUCUGAAAUAAAAGACUUAUCCUCAAUAGUUCAAUCUAAAUAAGCCUUAUUCAGAAAAAAUCAAGAAUCUUUCUGA